AUGGCAAUCGAUACCCCUCUGUUAACCAUAACGCCUCUAACGCCCUCUGAAAUCCCAUCUGAAGAAACAAUCAUAACAGAAGGCAUCACCCUAAUCGAAUCAACGUCCUCGUGGCCGGAAGGCAAAACCUUCUUCAACAACAUCAAAACCCUCUAUCACGCAAAGCGGUUGGGGGACGGCGCCCCAUGGCACGUUCGCCUCAGUGAACACGCCCCCGAAGAACUGACCUUUGACCAACUCUGGGAGAACCUGGCAAUUGACAAGCCUGUGAAGGAAAAAGAAUUCAUCCACGAAAUCCAAAAGGUCACCAAAGUAAAGGAGCUUUCCCCAACAGCGAGCAUCUGGACGCUGUAUUACACUUUCACGCCCCCCGUGUCACCUCGUGUCUUUACAGUGGUUCAGGUGGUGCGCCUGCAAGAAACGAAGCCACGUACUGGGAUAAUCGUUUCGCUGUCAAUCGAUCUUUCGUCGAAAGGGGACGAGGAGCUCGCCAAACUAGAGGAGAAGGGCGUCAAAGGCCGCUACGUCAGCGUAGAGCGAAUCAAGGAGCUUGAUAAUGGGAAUACAGAGUGGCGCAUGGCCACCUCGAGCACUCCUGGGGGGAGCAUACCCAGUUUCAUUGUUGAAAGCACGAUGGCAAAGAAGAUCGCUUCGGUAAGAUGA